GCUGUUGGUUCCGUGCUGUAUCCGAGGAGGAGUGUGGUGUGGUUUGUGUGUCCUGCUCUGUGUGCUACUGCUGGGUGCUGUGAGGGGAAUUCAUGCGAGCUCUGAAUCCGCGACAUGGAUGCAUUGACCUUUGAUGAUGUGCAUGUACACUUCACUCGGGAGGAGUGGUCCUUGCUGGAUCCAUCUCAGAAGAGACUUUACAAAGAUGUCAUGCUGGAGAACUACAGGAAUCUCACCGCUAUAGGCUACCAUUGGAAAGACCAUAACAUUGAAGAACAUUGUCAAAAUGAUAGAAGAUAUGGAAGGCACGAAAGAAGUCCUGCUGGGGAGAAACCCUAUGAAUAUACACAAUGGAAUAAAGCCUUCAAAUAUCACAGUCAUCUUCAAAAGCUUGAAAGAAACCAAACUGGAGACAAAAACUCUGAAGUCUUUCAACAUAGUAAAGUGCUUGCAUGUCAAAGUACUCUCCAAAUAAAUGAAAGAACAGGUACUGGAGAGAAACCCUACAAAUGUAAUGAAUGUGAUAAAGCCUUUUUAAAGCUCAAGUAUCUUCGAGCACAUGAAAGAACACAUACUGGAGAGAAACUCUAUGAAUGUAAUCAAUGUGGUAAAGCCUUUGUACAUCCCAGCUAUCUUCGAAUGCAUGAAAGAACACAUACUGGAGAGAAACCUUACCAAUGUAAUCAAUGUGGUAAAGCCUUUGCACUAAGGAGUCAUCUUCAAAGCCAUAAAGUAGUACAUACUGGAGUGAGACCCUACAUAUGUAAUCAGUGUAAUAAAGCCUAUCCACGCCAGAGUUGUCUCCGAAAACAUGAAAGAACACAUACUGGAGAAAAACCUUAUAUAUGUAAUCUGUGUAAUAAAGCCUAUUCACACCAGAGUAAUCUCCGAAUACAUGAAAGAACACAUAAUGGAGCUAAACCUUAUAUAUGCAAUCUGUGUGAUAAAGCCUUUUCACAACAGAGUUGUUUCCAAAUACAUGAAAAAACACAUACUGGUGAGAAACCCUAUAAAUGUAAUCAGUGUGAUAAAGGCUUUGCACAGCUCAGGUACCUUCGAGCACAUGAAAGAACACAUACUCAAGAGAAAACCUACAAAUGUAAUCAAUGUGGUAAAGCCUUUGCACAGCUCACCUAUCUUCGAGUACAUGAAAGAAGACAUAGUGGAGAGAAACCCUACAAAUGUAAUGAAUGUGAUAAAGCCUUUUUACAGCUCAAGUAUCUUCGAUUACAUGAAAGACGACAUACUGGAGAGAAACCCUAUAAAUGCAAUCAAUGUGGUAAAGCCUUUUUACAUCCCAGCUAUCUUCGAAUGCAUGAAAGAACACAUACUGGAGAGAAACCUUACCAAUGUAAUGAAUGUAAUAAAGCCUUUUUACAGCUCAGGUAUCUUCGAUUACAUGAAAGAAGACAUAGUGGAGAGAAACCCUAUGAAUGUAAUCAAUGUGGUAAAGCCUUUUUACGACCCAACAAUCUUCGAAUGCAUGAAAGAAGACAUAGUGGAGAGAAACCCUAUGAAUGUAAUCAAUGUGGUAAAGCCUUUUUACAUCCCAGCUAUCUUCGAAUGCAUGAAAGAACACAUACUGGAGAGAAACCCUAUGAAUGUAGUCAAUGUGGUAAAGCCUUUUUGCAACCCCACUAUCUUCGAAAACAUGAAAAAACACAUAAUUGGAGAGAAACCUUACAAAUGUGAUCAGUGUGCUAAGGCCCUUACACAAAGCAGUCAUCUUAAAACCCAUCAAGUAAUAUAUACUGGAGGGAGACUCUAAAUAUGUAAUCAGUGUGAUGAAGCCUAUUCACACCGGAGUCAUCUUCCAAUACAUGAAAAAGCACAUACUGGAGAGAAACCUUAUAAAUGUAAUCAGUGUAUGAAGUCGUUUUUAUCUCACAGUCAUCAUCAAGCUGAUGAAAGAAUUUAUACUGGAUAGAAACCCUACAAAUGUAAUGAAUGUGAUAAAGCUUUUUCACAGCCCAGGUAUCUUCGAAUACAUGAAAGAACACAUACGGGAGAGAAACCUUACCAAUGUAAUCAGUGUGACAAACCCUUUGCAUAAGGCAAUAAUCUCAAAGUACAUACAAGAAUGCAUAUUGGAAAGAUCCCUAUGAAUGUAAUCAGUGUGGUAAAGCCUUUGCAUAUGACUAAUCUUUUGGGAUGCAUCAAAGAACAGAUACUGGAGAGAAACGUUACCAACAUAAUCAUAGUCUUAAAGCCUUUGCAGAAAGCAGUCAUCUUCAAACCCAUAAAGUACUACAUACUGGAGAGACUCUACAAAUGUAAUCAGUGUGAUAAUGCCUCUUCACAACAGAGAGGUCUCCAAAUACAUAAAAGGAAACAUCUGUAGAGAAACCUUAGAAAUGUAGUCAAUGUGAUGACGCCUAUUCACAACACAAUGGUCUUACCUACAAUAACUCAUACUGGAGAGAAACCCUAUGAAUGUAAGGGAUUUAGUAAAGCCUUUGCACAUUACAAUAUGCUCCAAUAACAUAAAAACGACCAUACUAAAGAAACUCUAUGAAUAUAAUCACAGGGUGAAGCAUUUGAACAUCACAGUAGUCUCUAGAAACAAAAAAGGAACCAUCUAGGAAAGAACCCCUAUAAAGUUCUUUAACAUGGUAAGGGCUUUGCACAAAUCUGUAGUCUUCAUCAUCAUGGAAGGAUUCAUACAGUAGAGAAACCAUAUGAACAAAAGAAAUGUGGUAAAGCUUUUGCUCAUCACAGUUAUCUCUUAUUAUAGAAAAAAGGAGAUAUUAGAGAAAGAUCCUACAAGUAUGAUAGAAGUGAUGAAGCCAUUGCACAACACAGUUAUCUCUGACUACAUUAAAGGAAAGAUAAUGAUGACAAACACUAUGAAUGUAAUAAGGGGGGGGGGGGUAAGCCCAUUAUAUAACAUGGUCAACUUUGAAUACAGAAAAAGACAUACUAUGUAAAGGGCUGCAAUAUAUGUGCCGCCACUAGAUGGUGCUAAACCUCUUUGUGCGCAGCUGCGAGAGCAUAGCAAGCCAAAGUCACCAGUCUGUCUCCCGGGGCUUUUGCCCAGCCCCUGGGGGCUUUAACCUAUCCCCAGGGUGCAUGAGGAUCAUGGGUGUUGCUACCAGUCCUAGUUUAGACACGUCACCAAAAGUAUUUAAGCCACACACUUUCUGAGCCUUCUUUGUCUACCUCACUAUGUUAUGAAGUAAAAGUUAACCACGGAAGAA